AUGGCCACACUUCCUGACCUUUUCCCAUGGCUGGAAGGAGAAAGAAUCCAUGAACUGUUUAGUACUAUUGUUGUGAAACGACCUGCAGCUGACGGCUCUGGUUAUGAGGUUGUUAAAGCUGGCCCUAUCCAUGUUGGCGAGAUCGCCAUGCAUCGCUGCGCUACAGAAAACACGUCAGUCAAGUCUCCUAAAGUGCGCUCUGUAAUCGAUCCCCCUCCUGGAUAUAAGUUUGGUGGUGUGGCAAUGGAUUUUGUUCCUGGAGUGCCACUGGAGGCGGUCUGGCCGAACCUGAUCGAUAUCGAUAAACAAUCUCUUAAACGACAGCUCCAAGAGCAGAUUCUCUACCUCAGAUCAUGCACAUUAGACUACAUCGGUCGCGUGGGGGACGAGCGAUGGUUGCCUGAUCCCUAUCACCCUUCGAUCAGAACAGACUGCGGCCCCUUUACGAAUGAAGAGGAGUUUGAUAGCCAUAAAGUCAACGAGCUUGCAAAGCGGGAUCCAAAUUUAUCUCUUGAGCUAGGGAAGUUGUUGAAAGAUCUCCGUCUUUCCGCCGCUUCGUCACAGUUUGUGCUUACACACGGCGAUUUGUGUACGCAUAAUAUUAUUGUUCAGAACCAUGGAAAAGCUGGCAGCACCGAUUGGCAGAUAUCAGGCCUCAUAGACUGGGGUAUGAGUGGGUUCUAUCCUCCCUACAUGGAAUACACGAUGGCAGUGAACCAUAUGGGACAUGAGCAUGAUUGGAGAAUGUUUUUAAAGGAAGCGUUGGAGGAAAUCGGCCUUGGUGCCUCCGUCGAGAGAAUCCGUGCGGAAGCUAGAGCAGUCCACUAUCUUUUUGGGCAACCAUAUUAUAUCUAA